CUGCGUAGCGGAUGGACUGCAGAUGUCGCGGUGUUCUUGAAGUCCUUCCUCGUUUUAAUAACACAAGGAUCUGUGUUACCUAGGAACUAUGUGAUUUUUUUUUCUUUUUAUAAGUUUCUGUCAUCUUUUUUAUCAUUAUUGAGUGAUUGAUAGAUAUAUAUGAAGUAGACGAAACAGAAAGUGUGGUUAACUGUGUUUUUGUCCGUUUUAUUGAGUUUAUUUGAAUAUUACAAAGAAGAGGAGAAAGUUUUUAUACGUGGACAAUGGAAAGAAAUACUCCUAACCUUACAGCGAUAAUGGUGACGGCAAUGGUUUUCUUUUGGGCCGUUCUGGCGAGCGCGCAGCCGCCCCUCCUGCACCGGAGGCUUCCCUUCAUCAGCCAGCAGUAUCGCAGCGUCGCGCACUACCCUUUCUCAAGGAUCGCGGGAGUGUUUCGUGUCGUGGAUGAAGAUUCCUGCCGCUGCGUCCCGCGCUCCCGCCGUUGCGCCGUCGAGAUCAUGGAGGAGUCGGUGACCAAGGCGAGGUGGUUUCCUUGCCCCUUCAUGACGAAAUACUGCUGUAGGCGGGAGGAGGUAUUUGACCGGUCAGACGCCCAGGAAACAGAGCAUCACAACAGAAACUCAACAGAGAGUGGCGUCAACAGGACUAAUCCGUCUCUGAACGCCCCGACUGCUAGAAUAUAUAGAGAGAACAGUCACAGCAAUCUUAUAAAGGUGGUUCCGCAAUCUUUCGAUACGCGACCAUCAACGGUUCCAAAGGUUUCAAAUGCUUCAAUAGUUCCAGGUGCGUCGAACGUUUCAAGUGCUUCAAAUGCUUCAGAGGUUUCGAGCGCAUCGGUUGCUUCGAAUACUUUACCGAAAAAGCCGUGGAGAGACACUGAAAGCCAGGCGUGCGCGUGUACGACCCGCGACCAGUGCCUCGCUUGGUGGUCGGAGCUGGACGACCCCCCCGAGGUCAAGGUGAGGACAAUCUUACAGUGCGAGGUGCCAGGUCAGGUCACGUGCUGCUUCGGCCGGAUUGUUCCUCCUCAUCACUAUAAAUCACGUGACCCAACGUCCUCAGGAGACGCUGCUCGACACUCCUUCAAGACGUCCAGAUGGCUGCCCUUCGCAACGACCUGGGAGAGUGGGAUUUCGUGGUCUUAAUGCCUAGAUGGAAGUGGAAACCGGGAUGCGAGAUUUUGUCAUAAAUUUCGCAGGAACCCAAGAACUUCCACAUGAAGAUGAAUCAAGGCAGUUUUUCUUUUUUUGGAUUAUAUUGGUCCAUAUUUCAUUUAAUUUUACGGAUACUGUAACUUGAAAAUUAUGGUUUUAAUGUGCAAGUGAAGAACCCGAGAUACGAGAUAUUUUGUAUGUAUUUUGUAGGAGCAAGGACUCCGAUAUGUAAAUGAAUCAAAACAUUUGUUUUAAUAUAAAACCCAUCAUACUGGUCCAUAUUUUAUUUAUAUGGAUACUUUUGAAGAUUGAAGAUAUGUUGUUAUUUUAAGUUGUUUUUGUUAUCUGAAUUGUUAUUGAUACAGCAGUCAGUGUCAA